UUUCAAAAUUGUAAAUAUGUCAUUUUAAUUGCAAUUGAAUAAUAGGGUAACUUUGGAAACCCAUAGCAGACUCACUUUUCAACUAACGAUUCGUUCAAAAAAAAAAAAAGGAACCGACACUUUUCCGACUCUUCCACGGAGUAUACCCGGAGAAUGGGCUGAGGGAACGAGAGGGAGGGAGGAGGAACCGAAAGAGAAAAAAAGUUCAACCAAAAAUGGCUUCCUUGUCUUUGGAGUCUCCAGAACAAACGGAGAAUGGAAGCGCCGAGUCUGGACAAUCAGAAGCCCGAGUCAAAGAGGAAAACGACUCGGAAGAAGUUUCUGAGCGACUGUUUGAGACCUUCCCAAAGUCCGCGCUCGGCUUUUCCAGUGAGCAGGUCGCCUGCGUAUGCGAAGCUCUCCUGCAGGCGGGCAACGUGGAUCGCCUGUGGAGCUUCCUGGCUACCAUCCCUCCUUCGUCCGACGUGCUACGUGGCAACGAGACCCUGCUUAAGGCCCAGGCCCUGGUCGCCUUCCACCGUGAGGACUUCACAGGCUUGUACGCCAUCUUAGAGAGCCGCGACUUCCACCCGAGCAACCACGGGUUCCUGCAGGACCUCUACCUGAGAGCGCGCUACAAGGAGGCGGAGAGGUCGCGGGGUCGCAGCCUGGGCGCAGUGGACAAGUACCGGCUGCGCAAAAAGUUUCCCCUUCCGAAGACCAUCUGGGACGGAGAGGAAACUGUGUAUUGUUUCAAGGAAAAGUCUCGCAACGCCCUGAAAGAGUGUUACAAAGUUAACCGGUACCCAACUCCUGACGAGAAGAAAAAUCUAGCCAAACUUACAGGACUUUCUUUGACACAAGUGAGCAAUUGGUUCAAAAAUCGGCGACAAAGAGACCGAACUCCAUCCGGUACUAAUAGCAAAAGUGAAUCUGAUGGAAACCACAGCACAGAGGAUGAGGCUAGUAAGGCUGAUCUGGAAGACAUUACUGACAAAUCUGCUGCUCAAGAGGCUGGUGGUUCAACUGCUUCGCUCAUAUCCAUCUCUACUAGUGCCCCCUGUAGUACUGGAGGACAGCUUAUUCUCAAUAACACAGGGGGAUUUCUUACUAGUCCUCAUCCCCUGUUGCUCAAUGGGAGCCCAUUACUAUCAGGGACUGGAACUGGUGUCAUUAUUAAUGGACUGACUCUGAGUGAUGGUCAUGCAGUCACCCUCAGUCCCGUGACUACCAACACUCCCCUUUUACUCAAUGGGGCUCAGGUUAUAUCAAAGGGUAAUGGUAACAAUAGUGUCCCCGAAAACUGCAUUGCCAAAAUGGUAACGCAGCCCAACCUCACUAGCACAGUCCCUGUCUCACUGACGGAGGAAACCAAAGCCACCAACCAUAAUGUGUCUCCGUUGGACUUCAUUACUGUUCCAGAGGCUAUGAAGGCUCAAGAUAGCACCCAAAUUGUGCCUCCCACCUCUAUAUCCACAUCUGCAAUCUGUUCCACGGUGAUGACUCACACUUCCCUUACUUCAUUAGCAUUGACUCAAAAUGGCAUUCUUUCUUCUGCAGUUUCUCCAUCUGGUGUAGUUAAUUCCAACCUAGUGAUGCCACUACAAUCCAAUCAACAACCCGAGUUUCUGGUAGUAGCAACAGCAGGUUCCCAAAUAAAUCCUACUUCGUCUGUUUCACAAAUUUCAUCUUCUUCCACUGUAUCAAGCUCUCAGGUUCUUUCUUUGCCGCAGGUGGUACCAUCCAUCCAGGGCAUUCCAGUGUCUCAAUUAGUGCAGCACCCAGCAGGGACGCCGGUGUCUUGCCCUCAGUUGGUACCAGUGUCCCCCAUUUCCACUCAACUGUCCCAGAGUUCUGUCCCUCAGUUUUCAACUCCCAAUCUGCAAAUUGGGCACAGACCUAAUCUAUCUCAACUUCACAAUGGAUCCUCUGCACUUGGGGAGAACACUAUUGUGUCUGUCCCCCAGGUGAGUAAUGGGCAGGUUCCACAAGGGCUGACACUUCAGUUAACAGACCAGUCAAAUUCAGCUACCAGCACCCAGAUACAGACGCUGGGUACACAAGGCAUUCCCAUCUCUUCACCAACUCAAGUAGUUCCUGUUUCACAGUCCAAGGACACAGGGCAGCCCCAGCUGGUAACUUUGCCUCAACUCAUGCCUGUAUCCCCCAUUGCUGGAGCAUCUACAGGGACCAUAUCCUUCCCUCAGGUGGUCCCAGCAGCACCCCCAUUCUCCAUCCCAACUCCAGGAGGUGCUUUCCAAAUCUUAUCAGGCUCUGGAGGAGGUGUUAUGCCCCAGGGGGCUAUACGGAUAAGCCCCAUAGGACCUCCUCAGAGUGUGCCUACAGCUGGUGCAAUUCCAGGUGUCCAGCUUCUCAAUUCAGGUGUUCUUCAACUUCCCUCUACUUCUCCAGGUAACUUCUUCUUGGCAGGUGGCAGUCCCUUCCUGAGUGUUCAGAAUGGCAAACUCAUCCUCACCAUCCCAGCUGGUUUCCAGUUUACCAGUAUGCCCGUCAAAUCCAUUCCAGAAAACCCAGUCCCAAGUUUAAGCAGCAGCAGUGGACUAGAACAAACCUCAACAGGAACAUUACUACAAAAUCAGCCCAUCUCCCUAUCCUCUGUCCAGACCUCUAAUCCAUUUCAGUCAUCUCCAUUAAUUUGCUCAUCUGCGCUUUACUGUAGUCCUGAGACUGGAGCCCUGGCUAACCCUACACCAGGAGCCUCUCCAAACACCUCAGACUCACCAACCCCAACCCCUACUAGUGUUCUAACAUCUCAACAGACCCUCAGCCCUGAGAGCAUGCUUUCAUUCAGUCCUCUGAGCAGUGGGGUAGCCAGUGGUCCUCAUCUCAUUCAGCCUGCUUGGAGUCCUGUUCCACUGUCAUCGUCAUCUGGACUCACACUGUUUGAUGUACGUGGGAAAGGGGAUCUACCCGAGGACCCGGCAUUAUUGGGAUUACCAGGUGGGGAGUCCCUGCUAUUGGGUACCCCUCCUUCAAGUGAUGAUGUAGAUAGGGAAUCUCAUCUGGACGAUGUAGAGAUGGAUGGAGACUCAAAGAUUCUUACACAACUACAGUCUGUCCCAGUGGAUGAUGAUUUGGGUUUGUAACUAUACUUCACUUGGGCUGCCUUUUAGGAGCUCUUAGACAAUCUGGACAUAAAGUCCACAGCACUCUUCAUUUUGUAUGUGUCGAUGUAUGGCAUUAGAGAAAGGAAUCAAGAUAGACUCUGAGUAAAUGAUGAGCAUUUAUAUUUCCUUUAAAAAAAAAAAAAAAAAAAAUCCAAAAAAAAUCCAGGUCAAUCCACUCAUAAGCUUCUAGAUUUUGUUGGAUCUAACAUCAUAACCUUUUUGGGACUCACAGUAAAAAGUCAUAGGUCGUUGAGAUAUUAUCUCCCACAGAAAGACAUAGGGAGUAAUAUCAUGGAGCAUUUACCUUUUGGGUAUUUACCAAACAGCAGAGCUAUUUCUUUUUACAAUAGAAAUCAUUCAUUAUAGCUUGAAUUUUCCAGUCAGUCAGUUUAAAUACAGCUCAUUCAGAAAAGGCAACGCAAACCCGUUUAUCUGUCGAUUUUUAGCCACAUUUACAAAACUAAACUUUAUUGGAUUUUACAGCACAUUUUAAUGGGAAUUUUAAAGUAAUGGGAAUAAGAAGUCAUUUCUCUUUUCGUCUCCUAAAGUAAGAUCAUGUUUCACUCACAGCCGCCGUUCUCAUUGCUCUAUUUGUUUUAUUUGUCAUUGAUGACUGCAAGAAUUUCAGCAAACAUGCUGCUUGCUAAGUACAUUACAAGGUGGAUGUUUUACCAUUUACCCAAUAUGGCCAUAAAGGGGGACUUGUAUAAGUGCAUUAUGAUGCAAACAGAUCAUAGUAAUUUUCCUUAGUCACAGCUAUCAUUUAAAGGAUCAUCAUUAUAAAAUCUAAUAAUACACAUGGUUUGGCUCAUCCUGUGCAUUGUGAGAACUAAUAACCUUAGAAGACUGAUGAAAUCACACAGCGUAAAAACAAGCUUUAAUGAGGAACCCAGGAUUUUUUUUUAAAAAGCUUCUUUAUGAGCCAGACACCUGGAUAUGAUUGCGUGUUGACCUCGGAACAUGAAGUAGCCUAAACUAUACAUUGUAGAAAUGUGUAAUUAUUUUGUAAUUCGAUUACAUUUCACAUGACCACAUAAUACACUAUGCUUCUCGCUUUCUUUAGGAUCACUUUAAACGGUUUCUGAAACCAGGCUUGGAUUUUCCAGACAGUAAGCUUUAGUUCCCUUUGUGUAGGAUAUUUAGCUGAAGUUAUCAAUCAUUAACGUUGUUUUAUCCUCCAUGAGAGAAGAGGGAUGUUGCUUUUAAAGAGUAAACAACUGAUAAAGUGUAUUAUAAGGUAUUUUAUCACUUUUAGAUACUUUACUGUGCUGUCUGUCAGUGUGUACGGUAUAUACGUUUUGUCCUCUCACCUGCAUCCAAAGACUGAACGUUUUUCAGCAUGUUACUAGAUUGCCUAGGUAAUGUUAGCCAAUGACACCUAAUGUUUUCCUACACAUGCACAUUGUUGCUAUUUAAAUUAUGCACCAUCACCGUACAAGGAUUCUAUUACUAGACUCCAGAGACUAUUACUUUUCAUAGUUUCUGAUUUAACACUCCCAUCCAUCUCUACAGUGUAGCACAUGUUGAGAAGGUACUGUUCGUCAAGUUAUUAUUAUUAUUAUUAUUAUUAUUAUUAUUAUUAUUAUUAUUAUUAUUUUAAAAAAAAAAAGGUCUUAUUACCGUUAGAUUUGAUCUUUUUUAUCUAUGCAAUGACCAUUUUGUGUGAAAAGAAAAUUGGUGCUUUUAUUGUUUUUAGUCGACUCCAGUUUAAAGGUAAAUCUUGCGAUUCUGACACUAUUUUGAAUGUGACUCAGUUUUGACACUACAUGUUCAUCCAUUAUGUGCAAAUAUCAUGUUUUUUUUUUCCUCUUUUUAUAUUGAGAAUUUUGUAGGAUUUAUUUUCGUUACACACAAUGUCUAUCGUUUUUCAUUCUUGCGCAGCCACGAUAAUUGUUCAUUGAUGAUUCUGAAACCUAUGUCUUGUAUGAGGUAAGGCCAGAAAUUUUUCAAAGCUGUUGUUGUCCUAUUUCAUGAGUUACUUUGUGUAUGGACUGUACCUUACAUAUCUGCGGAAUUGGCUCACUCAUCCUUACUGACGUUUCUAGAUGCACACAAGGAUAAAAGCUGUUCAGUCAAAUUGGACUCCAUGUCAAAUUAUGGUGCUUACCUCCUGUAGGCUAACGUGUCAUAAUGUUUUGCACAAUUUAUCCAUGAACUUUUUAGUCAUUUACUCUGCUCUUGGUAAUAUCAUUGGUCCUACUGAAGCCAUUAACAAAUUUUGACCUAUAAUAUUGACCUAUAAGUAAGUGACAUAGUGACACUACCACAAUCUUUAUGUACUGUUAUGUUGUAGGAGACAACAUGUAUGUUGUUGUUCAUUCCAAUCUUAAAUGUGCCUUUUUCUUGUUCUGUAUGUUUUAUUUUCAGUGUAUGUUUAAAGCCUUAGCAGGGGUGGACAAAUCACUAGUCUGGGUACCUGAAGCAAGUAGGUUUAAUAUUCCACAGGGUGAUAAUAUAUCUGUAAUGGAGGGGCUAGAUAAUAUUUUCAAAAUCAGGAUGAUGAAGGGAAAUAGUGACAAAGCUGAGCCAAGUACAGUCCAGUGCAGCACAAAAACCUUAUUUCAAUGUGCAGGUACCUCGCAAUUAACACCUUCAGGCAAAAAUGGAGACUCUGACUCAAUUUAAUUUAAUGUUCGAGAGAACGCCAGAGCCUCCAAGCUGAAAUCUUAUUAGUCAAAGACUUCCUACCUUUUUGUGUAAAGUGCACAUAUGAUUCCGAUGAUAAGGAGAGGGGAUGUAAAGGUUAUAUAAAACCACCCUCACAGGGAAUCCAGCCCUAUUUCAGACCUCUUCAACUAGACUAAAUGUAGUCUAGGCAAUUAACAUAAUUUUCUUGUAGUGCUUGAAUUAAGUGGUAUUAUUCACUACAUUUUAGUCUAUUUAAAUAGAUUUCUGGACAUAACAUGUUGGGUAGCAUAAUGGAGCUUUGACUGGUGGGGCUGAUUAAUAACUGGUGAUUUGUCCACUCCUGAUUAAUUAGUUAUGAACCAGCAGUGUGCUGUUGGCAGAUCCACAGAUGUCCAUCAGAACUCUUCAUUUGCAUUUUCUAUAUAUUUUCUGGAAAUAGUUGUAUUUUAGAAGUGUAUUCAAAAUAGGACAUGUAGCAUUUAUAUGCCAAAGGCUUGUAUUACUUUUUCUGUUUUAGUUCUUCCAUGCACCUGAACAAUGUGUUGUUUUCCCAGUAUGUAAGAAACAAAGGGAAUUUGUGUGUGUGUGUGUGUGUGUGUGUGUGUGUGUGUGUGUGUGUGUGUGUGUGUGUGUGUGUGUGUGUGUGUGUGUGUGUGUGUGUGUGUGUGUGUAUUGGUGUAAAUGAGCAACAAGCAAUGAACUUUCCUGUUGCCGUUAUUGAAUGUUGUCGUUUUUUUUUGUGGCUUAUUUUAUCAUAGUUGUUACAGUACUAUCAGAUAUACAAAGCCACAAUCAUCUCCAUCCCAAGGAAAAUAUACAGCUAAUCAAGCCAAAGAAUUUUGCAAUGUACUUUAAAUUUAAUAAAGGGAUUUUUUUUAUUUCUUUUGUUCCCAGCAUGCUAAACAGCAUAUCUCUUUAAAAGAGCUGUUUUGUAUUUGUUAUAGUUAUUCUAUUUUUUAUAUUCAAUCUAAUUUUUUUUGGCAUUGUGUUAAAUAUACUUUGCAAUGCAAGCUGUUUGGUCUCAUUUUGUGGUUUUGAUGAAUGUCUUCACAUUUAUAUUUACAUUUACAUUUGCAUUUAAUCGUGUGUCUGAUGCCUUUACCCAAAGUGACUUUCUAGUCAGGCAGAACACAAUCCAAAUACAGAGCUGUGCUCCUUUAACAAAAUGUACGCAGUCAUUCAAGACCUGUUUGCUCCUUUAGUUUUGCAUUGGGAUUACAGACUCAUCUCUACUGCUAGUCAAAUAGUUUAUAGACUCUUGCAGAUUCUUGUGUUACUACAGCUUUAUUCCCCAAGUCAACAAAUCGUUAAAGAAUGAUAAUCAAGGAAACCAACAUCAUAUGGGUCUCUGGGUGUUUUCUUUAAGUCUGGUGCACUUUGGGUAAAACCAUUAAGUUUAUAGAUAAAAAAAUAAGAGACAGCUCUUUUAUAUAUGAUAGCGCUGAUUGAAUUCUCUAAUCUGAUUGGUCAGAGGUUAUGUCUGUCAAAAGGAAAAAGCAUCUAUUAGUUGAUUUGGUUGAAGUAUGGUUCUGUAUGGUGGGGUAUAUUAAAAAUAUUCAAGGAGUCAGUGCUAGCAAAUUGUACCCAGCUUUUUAAAGAGUCCUUCAUUUUAAAUGAGGAAGACCUUUGGUUCAACAUUUGAAACCACAAGACAGAUUAAAAAUAAUCUGAUGAUGUAUGGAAAAAAAAUGCAAAAUUUCCCUGUAGUGAAAAGUAAAAAAAAAAAAAAAGCUUAAUUUUUCCACCACAGCAAAAUCAUUGAGACAGAGGAUGUGCUAUGCAAUUUCUCUGCAACACGUGUCUCAUUAUCUCCAAGAGAAAGUCAAGCAAAGACUU